CUGGGAACUCUAGAUCAAGAAUAUUGCCCAAAAGAAACAUGGUGGAAGCGACUUCCCCUUCCUAUACAGUAACUGUGCUUCCUGGAGCUGGGUCCAGUGUCUGGUUGGACUGUGUGUGUAGUCUGGGAGCUCAUAGCUGAGACUGAGACUCGCAAUGAUCGGUGCCAAAAAGUCAGCUGCCACAGGAGACACAUCCGCAGAGGUGCUGCCUGAUUUACCCCAUGGACCGCUCGAUGAAUACCGCAGAAAGGCUUCCUUCAAUUGGAAGGACUUGGCGAUGUUUUUGGAAGAUGAGGACCUCAUUGCAUUCAAGAACAAGAUCUUCUCUACUCUAGAGAAUGAUCCGCUCUUUUACCGUCAACCUGGAGAGCAGAUUCCUUUGGAGAAGUACAGAGAACUGACUUUUCUUCGGUGCAAGAGGAUAUUUGAAUAUGACUUCCUGACUUUCGAUGACACCGUACAAAAGCCUGAAAAACUUUUUCUCCUCAUCAACUGCCUGGGCAUGUAUGACUGGUCCCUGUCUGCUAAAUAUUUCCUUAAUACACAGGUCUUUGGUAAUGUUUUUGGAAAUUCGGGUUCUGAGAGGCAUCAGAAAUUUCUAGAUCAGAUACAAAGUAUGGAGAUUUUUGGCUGUUUUGCGCUUACUGAACUCAGUCAUGGCAGUAAUACAAAGGCAAUGCGGACAACGGCAACCUUUGAUGCUUCCACCAAGGAAUUCAUCCUUAACACCCCAGACUUUGAGGCAGCUAAAUUCUGGGUGGGUAACAUGGCGAAAAAUGCCACCCACGCUGCUGUGUAUGCUCAGCUCUACACUCCAGAUGGACGAUGUCAUGGACUGCACACCUUUAUUGUGCAGAUUCGGGACCCCAAGACCCUGCUUCCUAUGCCUGGAGUGAUGGUGGGUGACGUUGGCAGGAAACUGGGCCUGGAUGGUGUAGAUAAUGGUUUUGCAGUUUUUCACAGUGUUCGAAUCCCCCAAGAAAACCUUUUAAACCGGACUGGCGACAUUUCCUCCGGAGGGAACUACACAAGUGCAUACAAGGACCCAAAGCAGCGUCUUGGCGCUUCUCUCGGCACUUUGUCCAGUGGUAGGGUAUCCAUCACCGGCAUGGCAGUCACAAACCUGAAGCUUGCCAUUACUAUUGCUAUCCGCUUCUCUGCAACACGCCGCCAGUUUGGACCCACUGAUAAGGAAGAAAUACCGGUUCUUGAGUAUCAAUUACAGCAAUGGAGACUGAUUCCUUACCUAGCCGCAGCCUACGCUUUAGACUACUUCUCCAAGACCUUCUUUAUUAACCUAAUUGAACUUCAGGUCGGGAUUAUGAUGAAAGAUCGGAGCCCAAGACAGGCUGAACUUGGCAAAGAAAUCCACGCCUUAUCCUCUGCCGCCAAACCACUGGCCUCAUGGACUGCCCAGCACGGGGCUCAGGAAUGCCGGGAAGCAUGUGGAGGUCAUGGCUUUCUAGCUAUGAACCGCUUAGGUGACAUCCGUAACGACAACGAUCCAAACUGCACGUACGAAGGAGAUAACAACGUCUUGCUUCAGCAAACCAGCAACUAUCUACUAGGUUUUGUCCACUCUAUACAUCAAGAUAAUGUCCCCUUUGAAUCCCCGCUGGGCUCGGUACAUUUCCUCAAUGAUUACAAGAGUAUUCUGAAGCACAAGUUUACUGCCAGCUCUGUGAAGGAGUGCCUCGACUGUGCAGUUGCUCUGGACGCUUACAAAUGGUUAGUUUGCUACCUUCUCCGAGAAAGCCAUCAUAAACUCCAGCAAGAGAAACAAAGAGCUGAAAAUGAUUUUGAGGCGAGGAAUAAUAGCCAGGCCUAUUACUGUCGCUCCUUGUCCUUGGCAUUUAUUGAACACACAGUCCUACAGAGAUACUAUGAUCAUAUCCAUGACCCAAGUACACCCAGAUCAUUACAGCCUGUUCUGAAGAAGUUGUGCUGCCUGUAUGGCCUGUGGUCCCUAAGCAAACACAUAGCUGUGCUCUACCAAGGUGGAUACUUUGCUGGUGAACAACCUGGUAAAAUUGUGCAAGACACAAUUCUGGACCUAUGUGCUCAGUUGAAAGAUGAUGCCGUGUCUCUCGUGGACACCAUUGCACCUCCAGAUUUCAUCUUGAACUCCCCCAUUGCCAAAGCUGAUGGAGAGCUGUACAAGAACCUGUGGUCCACAAUCCUACAAGGGGAGAAAGUUUUGGAGCGUGCAUCAUGGUGGCCAGAAUUUUGCACCAACAAGCCUGUAAUUGGCAAACCAAGAUCUCAGCUCUGAGCUCACACGUAGGCGGUGACAGCCAUAUAUAAAGUGAAAUGUGAUAAUGUAUCUUUUAUUGCAAACAGCUUCUAGAGGUGUGCUUUGUAAAGAAUAAUUCGUAUUACAAUGUAAAGAUGUGACAAUAUUUUAGAUGGAAAAUCAUUUGUAGCACUUAUUUUUGCAUUCAUGUCCGCUAUCUCAAUGCCAUUUCCUACUCCUUUUCUACAGAGGAUUGUCAUACUCCACCUGUCCAAUUAUUUAUAUAUAUACCGUAUUUUUCGUCCUAUAGGAUGCACCGGCGUAUAAGACGCACCCUAUUUUUAGGAGCAAAAUCAAAAAAAAUUAAGAUUUUGAACCCAAUAGUGGUCUUCAACCUGCGGACCUCAAGA